CCGAUGAUCUCAGCGAUGCACAGUAAGUCGCAUCCGCGGGCAAGCUUGUUGGUGGUGCAUUUGGCUCGCUCGCUGGGCUUCAGGGGAACCGUCCGCGCGUAGAUAAUACAGAUCGCCUCGGUCUAUCUAAUGAAUACGAUGAAUCACGCAUAUGCGCCUUGGGGAGAUUGCGCAAUGGGGGGCUAACCGGUCCCGCGCUUCGCAUCCCUUCAGCCGAUCUUGGCGCUUGCAAAAAAGUAAAGGUGCUGGGCGCCCUGGCUAUUCUUCAACAUAAGAGUCAACGCGUUUCGUUCACCCACCCCACAAAGUGCAUCUCCUUUGACCAGCGUUUUCUCACAGCAAACGCUGUCAAAAAUUAAUGGCGCGCCGCUGGGUUGGGCGUCAGGGCGCAAAUAGUCAGUUACACUUGGUCGCAGCCUUGAAAGCGGGCUGGGGCGCACGCCACACCCCAAAAACACGCCAGGAGACACACUUUGGAACAGCAUGUACCGGACUGCGGAGGUUGCUGUUGUGCGAAGGAUCGGUGUGGAGGUGAUUGCGGACUUCUGGUCACGGCUAGCUGCGUUUCUAACGGUGCGCCAGCUGGUGGCUUCCAAGCCGGCUGGUAUGGCUGCUGCUUGCGCAGAGCCUGGGGUGGCGGCAUGGCGCGGCUGACGUGCCCUUGCUGACCCUUACGGUGAAGCAGGCAACCCAGCUUCAACUUGCGCCUGCGUACGACGCGCUCCGCGUGCGUCACUUGGCCUUCAUCCAAGAGGCCUACAGCGGCGCCGCGCCGCCAGCGGAAGCGAUUCAUGCGCUGCGGGCGGCCCUGGCGCGGCUGUGGGCUUUGGUGUGGGAGCCGCGACACAAGGAACCGCUCUGGCGUCUGGCAGUCAAUGGGUUCACGGGCUUUGGGAUGCUUGCGGCGUGGGCCGCAGAUGGACGCGUGGAGAAAUGCCCGUGUGGGACUCAGAUGACUGCUGGCGCUAGGGUUCAUCACUUCUGGGACUGUGUGGUGGCGGAGGCUCUGCGUGAUGUGAUGCGGGAGCAUGCGAAUGUGGACAUCACACGGAACCAGUUGUGGUUAGUACAGGCGCCACCAGGGCUAUCGCAGGCGGUGUGGGACAUCGUGUGCUUGGCUGCUGUGGCGGCCCUGGAAUACGGCCGACAGCGCCUUUACGCUUGCCGUGAUGCUGCAGACCGGACUGCGGAGGUUGCUGUUGUGCGAAGAAUCGGUGUGGAGGUGAUUGCGGACUUCUGGUCACGGCUAGCUGCGUUUGUGAGUCUGCGUCGGCCUCCGCGCCGCUGGGACCUUGUCCCGAACCAGCACCCAUUCCUAGCGUCAGAUGAUGUUGGAGGGGUUAUCUUGGUAGGGCCAACAGCGGACUCGCCACCGGCCUCACCCUAGCUUGUCAGCUUAGGGACUCGCAAGAGGUAGUCUUAUGACGCCGACCCACGGCUUAGGUGAGCAGCGCUAGCGUUUGCGGUGAACCGGGCCUGGGGUUCCUCCCCUCUCCGGAGGCGAGGAGCAUGGGGGUCAUUCGGGGAUCUCUCCUCGGGUGAGCGUGCGUGUCUCGUACGUUUUUGGGGCCCUGGCUUGUCCACGGCUGUCGUCCCACAUGUAACCUCUAUCAGCUAACGACAUCGAUCGCCGUAGUUGUACUGUCAACUACCGUUGUGACAGUGGCCAGUGGCCACAGUGUGAACGUGACGUGGCAUUAGGUGAUAGCCCCCACUAUGGGAACUUGUUUGGGAAGUGGGCGCAAGUUUGGGGCUUCUGGAAUUACUGCUAUUAUGGACGCGGGUGGGGACGACUGGGCGGGCACGAUUGCGCAGAUGACUGUGAUGAUAGACGUGUGUUGAGGGUGCAGAAGAUAUGGUUAUUGACCGCGACCGGGGGCCACUGCUGAUGUAGUAUGAAUUUUUGGACUGAUCAGCGACUCAGGGGGGGAGCCCCCCAGGAACACCCAGGAACACCCCGGUCCGUCCUGGUGUGUCGGUCACCAGAACUGCCCCAAAAGUUUCGUACUGGCUCAAACCGCGCGCUACUGCCAUCGUGUUAAAAUUUGCUGACAUUGAGGAGCCGCUGGGCUGGAGUCUCACAGCCAAGGGCACUUAACUUCAGACCGCAGUGGUAAGUGGAGAUCCUCUUGGUCACUGGGAGGCGUGGGAGCAAGUGGGAGCGUCUGGGCGAGGCGGCGCGUCAUUCCGAGCACGGGGCCGCGGGCUUCAGGGCCUGGCGCGUGUACCGUUCAGAGUGGGACUGCAGGAACAGCGUAAAACCGCAAGUGAGCGCGCGGAGCACCCAGCGCACGAACGUCAAUGGGGGGGGGUCUGUGCGUGUUUGAUGGUAUAGGACGGACGUUCCACUUUGAUGGGUGGGAGGGGACGAAUGGGUGGGCAGGGUGGGGUAGCUACCAGCCGCCACCACCAGCAACAACGCACGCGAGCGCUGCACAGAUCAAAGGCAGCGAACUCUGAAAGCCGGGCAACGGCGACGGUAGACAAAACGAACGACGCGACAAUAAUCUAUACUGGCGUAAGCGAGGGCAGCCCAACGCACCAUAGAAGCAGCCACGCUGGCACAGUGUCUGAGUAUCGUACAGUGAAGGCAUGACAGGGCUGGCAGUGAGUAGGCGAGUGCGGCGGAGGGGCAGGCAUGGGGACCGUCGGGGCGCCCGGCACCGGGGGCCCAAGUAGGGCACACGGCAAUCCGGGAAGUUGAUCCGGGCAAGGCUCUAGGCACGUCGCCUUGGGGGACAAGCACGCAAUAUGCCACGCGCUGAGAGAGCGGGUAGGAAACGGGGUCGA